UCCUCGUGGAUUAAUAUAAACAAAAAUAGUGAAGCGGCCUGCACGGAGGCAGGAUAUAAUAACAUUCUGAGCGAAUAUACAAAUUGUGCGCUUACAAUGGGCGAUCAAGAUGAUACAGCUCUCUCUAGUGCUGAUCAUAGUGACUAUAAACCAGGGUUUCUUAAAAAUGCAGAAGCUUUAGUUCAUGUGCCAGCUGAUGCUAAGAACAGGUUUACCUGCAUAGAAUAUCCCGGAGUUGUUCAAAACGUCGACAAAGCUUUGGAAACACUUGGAGGAGCCAGUUCAAUAUCAAAGGCACUUGCUGAGAACAGGAAGCUGGAGCUGCGCUUUCGUCCCCAGGAUCCAUACUGCAAGCCUGCCUAUGGAACCAUGAACAAAGUUUCCAGCCUGUUGCUAAAAGUGAAAAGGAGGCGAAAGUCUAAUCCUGCUGACAGCCACAUUCUUGAUGGUGGAGAUGACAGCAACGCCUUUGAGUACAAAGUGGAAAUACUUGGUAUCAUUACGUCUAGCUACAAGUUUCAAGCCAUGUGUGACUUCCAGUAUUUGCCAUUUCAGCGUAAGGAAAAUGGAUCUUAUGAAAGCAUUUUGGACAAGCUUGUGGUCAAGCCAUUUAUGGCUCGUUCAGAGUUUCUGGCUCGAGAUACUCCCCUUUUCUUGCCUCCUGUCUUAUUCUCCAGGCUGGACAUGCCUCAGAAGUAUAGCUUUGAAGCAGACAAAAUGCGUCGCCGUCUGGAAGAACAUUCUAGUGUCAGUACACCAGAGAGCAUAAUGAGGAAAGGCAGGAAACGCCGUGAAGUGAGCACUCAGUUUGUAAGCUUUGAAGACAAAGAUAUUCCAGCUGAACCUUCCCCAGAUGCAAUUAAUAAUUUCAGGAAACCUCUGUACACAGAGCUGCUAGAUGAGCUGAAGAAGUUGUUUGAGGAAAGACCAAUCUGGGGGAAAGCUGGACUGCGAUACAGAUUGAGACAUAACCCUUCAGCAGAGAAGCAUUUAAAGUUUGUUCUGCCUUUAGUGGCCUACUUUUUUUUGAAUGGGCCAUGGCGGGUGCUUUGGGUCAAAUAUGGAUACGAUCCUCGCAAAGAUCCUUCAGCAUUCAAAUAUCAGACUGUGGAUUUCCGUUUGCGACAUGGUCCUGCUAAUGAAGAAGUUCAAGCCAGGAAGUUGCUUGCAAGAAACAGCAGAUUUGUGAGACCAAAACAGCCCCUUAAUGUUGAGGACAGUUAUGAGCUCAAUAUAGAACUGCUACAGAAAGAUGAUGAGCCAGAUCCAGAUAAACAGCCACAAGUGCAAGACUUUGAGUUUCACAUUGGAGUUUUGCCUCCACAGCGCCAGAUGUACUACCAGCUUUGUGAUAUUGAUGUGCCUGAGAUUUCAGAACGUCUUACUGGAAACAAAGCUGAGGAGACAAUUUGUGAUGAAAAAAAUGGUUGGGGAGGACCCAAUUUUACUCAGUUCUGUCGUGAGGCAAUCAACAAAUAUGUGGAGGAAAUGCAGCCUGUGCCGAAACAACUUGUUACUUCUAAAAGUCAGAAAGAACAGCCCAAGAGAAGAAGAAAGAAACCAUUGCAUUUUAAAGAUGACUCUGAUGAUGAUACACUAGAUUUUGCUACCUAAACACAACUAUUAGUAUUAAAUAUUUAAAAGACUGGCAGGAACAUUAUGCAGAAAUACAGGUGAUCUUCUAAAUUAUGUUUGGUCUGUUGAUCACUAGCGUAGUUGAAGAUAUAGCCACAAUAUAUAAAUGCAAAAAUACUUUUUGUGUAGAUCUGCUGUUAGCUAGAAUACUGUUUGGACAAGAUUUUGGUCACCCGCCAAGUCAAAGAGGAUCAUUGUAUCUUUGUCCUAAAUAUUCAUCAUACCUUGAUGGACAUAUCCAUGAGGAGGAUAGGGGGUUAGGCAUUAAUUCUUACAUGUCCCUGUACUAUUUUUUAUGCUGUUUUCCCUAUUGUGUUCUCUGUGGACAGACUGUGGUUUACUUAAACCUUUGUUAUAACAGCAAAAUGCAUCUUGGUUUCACUUAUGAAAGUUGGAAUUUUGUAUUGUAUUUUUUCUCAUUAAAUUAAAAAAAAGGUUUCA